GCGCGCGUAUUUCCAAUGCAAAAAAAAAAAAAAUCACCCGAUUUUCUCUUCGAUUCAUUGCUCCUUUGUAAACAACUAGACACAAGUUAACCUGGAUUAUGACAACAUGCAAAUCUUGGCUCCUUGAACGUUAUGCGAAAUGUGUAGAAAAUUCAACAACAACAACGGGAAACAAGGCUACCAAAUGGCUGCAUCUGCCUGUCGGUAGUUAUACUAAACUCCAAGUAUCACUGGUGGAUACCAAUAGACUGGUAAUUUCGUCAAAUUCAUCAAGUGCAGAGACACAGAAUUCGCAAAUUCAUGAAAAUUUAUCCUUGAUUGAGGCUUCUAAGUGGCUACGCGUAGCUGCUAAAGGCGACUGUGCAGUUUUUCUAUACAGAGUUAAGACAGAGACGCGGCGGUUCCGUAUCAGGUUUGCAAAAGCUGGCACUACCUCCUCUGUGGAGUUAUGCAAGGACUUUGUCACUAGCGUGACACCAUAUUUCCCUGUACGAGAGAUACCUGACAAUGACACACAGGUUCCCAUGGAAGACUCUCAAGCAUUUGCCUGUUCUCAGACCUCCUCUGGCGACGCGGUUGAUGAGACUGGCUCUAGUGAUGAGAGUAUGACAGUGUCUGAGAUGGCUAGAAAGGUAACAUCUGGUGCGCGUGAUCUGCCACGAGCGUACGAAUCUACCAACCUACCCACGUCACGCUUGAACACGAUGCUGCGUUUUUGUCUGACGGAUCCGAACUUUCCAGCUUUCGUGGACGCAGUCGAGAGAGAGCUAGCAGAAAUCAUGAGAUAAUAGCCGACUUGCAGAAACUAAGAAAAAAUAAAAUCUUUUUGGGUGGUGUUCA